ACGUGACGACGAUGACGAUGAUAAAGGCAUCUAAAUAUACCCUGUAUGCAACUGAUUUAUAUCAAAUAACGAAUACAUACAAAUAUAAUAUAACAAUAUGAAAUAUACUUAGAUAAUAGUAUUCAUCAGUCAUCACCUACUCAUAGAGGGUGGAGUCAACUGACAAGAGACAGUGUCCACAGAAUAUAACGUUAUAUACGAGGACAGGUAAAACACAGUGAUCUCACCAAUCCUGAAAUAAUAAUAGUAAUAAUAAUGGAAACAAAACGAGGAAGAAUAACGCAUCAGGUUUCACAAAUAUAGAAAUAUUUGAUUUGUUCGAUCUGUUCUCAACAAGAGACCAGGGAUAUCAGGCUGCAGGUCUCUUAUUUUGGAGGGCUACUAACCGGAAGCGGUGAGCUUCAACCGCAGCAGGCGGAAGCGCCACAGGACCUCGACUUGUUAUUGACUGGUUGUUUCCGGACGGUUCUGACACGAUGGACUGAUCCGGGUCCCGGUGUGUUAGCGGGUAGUUGGUUUGCUUCAGGUGACGUUUAUUUAACAAUAUAACAUGUCGGCGGGGGACCACACAUCAACGUUUCUCUACAGGCUGCCUUCUCCGGUCCUGUGGGAGUUCUGCCGGGUCAUGGACGGACUGUCGGACCUGGACUGGACCCGCUUCGCGUCGGAGGUUCUUGGGGAUCAGACUGCUGUACGAUUGGCCGAGAGGAGGGAGAGGCGGACCGACUGGGUGAUGAACCAAUGGUGUAACAGAAACGGCAGCGUCGGGGAGCUGCUCAAGCUGUUGGAGCGGCUGGAGAUGCUCCGCCCCCGUGAUGUCAUCCUGGGCUGGGCCUCGUUUCAGAAGCCUUCCUCCGUCCCACCUCCUCUUCCUCCUCCUCCUAAACAGUUUGAAGCCACGCCCACACUGAGCACUGUAGGACUGGGCUCCACAGGUUCCACACACACAGCCAUUGAAGGAGGAGGAAGACCCCUCCCCAGACCAGCCCCACCCCCCCCUAUUCUGCACUCUGACCUCCCUCAAACUGCCCAGCCCCCCCAGUUGGUGUCGAGCAGCAGCGGGGUGAUGUGCUGGUCUCAUGAAGAGGUGCAUGCCGGCACGGUGGGCUUCUCCCCCUCCCAGCAGGUGGGGGAGGGGGGGUUCGGAGUGGUGUACAGAGCGUCCCUGAGGAACACCGAUUGUGCCGUCAAGAGACUGAAACAGGACGGUCUGCUGGACUGGAUUCAGUUGAAGGAGAGUUUUCAGAAUGAAGUGGACCAGCUGUCAAAGUUCAGACAUCCUCACAUCGUGGAUCUUUUGGGAUUCAGUGAAGGGCCAGAAUCAGUUUGUUUGAUCUACAGCUACAUGGAGCUGGGAUCCCUGGAGGACCAGCUACACAAAGUAACACGGGAGCGUGUGUCUCUGACCUGGUCUCAGAGGGUGGGCGUUGUUAAAGGAGCCUCUGCAGCGCUGCAGUUCCUUCACUCCCCCCCCGACGGCCGCUCGGCGCUGAUCCAUGGCGACGUGAAGAGCUCAAACAUCCUGCUGGACCGCCAUCUAGUGGCCAAGUUGGCAGAUUUCGGUCUGGCCCGGUUGGCGCGCCGCCGCCCUGCAGGUCGCACAGCGGGCCAGACGGCAUCAGUGGGUAAAACGGCGACCGUCCGAGGGACGCUGGCCUACCUUCCCGUAGAGUAUGUGAGGAACGGGGAGCUCGGGACAGCUGUGGACGUCUACAGCUUCGGGGUGGUGCUGUUGGAGGUUCUGACAGGACGUCGAGCUCUGGAGUUGGACAGGAAGUCAGGAGAGACAUACCUGAAGGACUUGGUGGAGGAGGUUGAGGAGAAUCUGACUGGUUCAUCUGCAGAGGCCUGGAGAAAGCAGCUUGACCACCGGCUGAUCCCAGGGGAUGCUGCAGAGCCGCCUAGCUGCAUGGAGAUGGUGGACCUGGCCUGCAAGUGUCUGGACAAGAAGAGGAAGAAGAGGCCAGCCAUGACAGAGGUGUUUGAUAGACUUCAGAAUAUCCACGUCAUCAGUCUGACCGGGUCUUCGCCACCCCCCCAUCACCCGGAUCUUCACCCUCCCUCCCUGUCCUUACCCAAACCCCCCCACCCCCUGGACUCCAGUGUGGGACCAUUGUCCAACCAGCUAUCUAAACUGGGACCUCUGGAGAACACGUACCAGCUCUCCCAGUCCUCGUUGUUGUCCUCCUUCUGCUCCCUCACCGCUCCUUCCUCCUCCUUCACCGGUCCAUGUGAAACCGAUGAGAGUCGAGGCUUCUCCCAGUAUGACCUUUGCUCCCAGUUUAGGUCUAACGAGACCAGCUCCAAAUCUCUAUCCCCAUCCUUCAGAGACCAGUACCACUGUCCAACUGGGCCCACAGAGUCCCAGGAGCCUUCGGUCCCCAGUGAAGAUCAGUACAACUUCCCUCCCCCCCAAGGACCAGACACUAAAGAGCUCUAUGGUGUCCCAGAAUGCAUCUCCCCUGUGGGACCCCUGCAGUCGUUGUCCCCGGAGCCCUCGGGAGUUCUCAUAAAUCCCAGUAAGCAGCGUUUCCUGCACGCACACAAUCUGUACAACGAGCAAAGGAUUCAAAGCCCUCAGCUGCUGUCGUCUGAUAACCUUUAUGGAGGGAGGUGUUCUGACCAGGGACCAGAGGAGAGUGACGAGUAUCUUCCUGUUUAACACGACUGAACUGUUCCAGUCUGAUCCUGAAUCCCUGAACUGUGAAGACUAAUCAAUAUGUUUGUACUAUGAACUGUAAGGAAGAACUAUUCAUUCACUAAGUUUAUACAAAUCAAUAAACACACAGCCUCCAUGUGCAGAGGGUCACUUGCAGGUCAUCAUCAAACCUGCACACUCCCUCUCUCUCUCUCUCUCUGUCACUCACACACACUCAGUCAUCUUAAACGUCUCAUUCAUUUAUGCAACCGGAAAGAUGCAAAUUCAUUCACACAUAACGUGGACAUGCUCUCACAUUCUUUGUGUAGCAAAGAGCAGAUUAUUAGUAGAACUACAGCAUGCAGAGCAGGAGGAAAGGGAGUCGUUUGAUUGUCAUCAAGUGUGUGGACCUCUGCGUUUCUCCAGGCAGCAGCGCCCCUUGAAAAUGCCCCGC